AUGUCACCCCCCGCCCCCCGCGCCCAAAUAAUCGGUCCAGAAAGCGGUCCCGAACCACCCUACCCCCUACGCAUGCAAGGCGAAGUAGUAUCAGGAUUUGGACGAGGCUCAAAAGAACUCGGUAUCCCCACAGCCAACAUCCCGGUAACAAACGUCCCAUGGAUCGACACCGCCCCCUCCGGCGUCUACUUCGGCUACGCAGCACUCGAUCUCCCCUCUACGCAUCCGGAUCUCGAAAACUCUCCUCUUCCCCCAUCUCCCACAAACCCAUCCUCCACCUCCCCCUCCCCCUCCCCCCCCCAAACAACCCGCCUCUACCCCAUGGUAAUGUCCAUCGGCUACAACCCCUUCUACCGCAACAGCGUGCGCUCCGCCGAAGUACACCUCCUGCACACCUUCACACAAGAUUUCUACGGGUCGCAAAUGCGCGUUAAGAUACUUGGGUAUAUUAGGCCGGAACUAGAUUAUGUGGAUCGAGAGAGUUUGGUUAGGGAUAUUGAGAUGGAUAUUGAGGUUGCGAGGAGGAGUUUGGGGAGGGAGAAUUGGGGGGUGCAGAGGGAGGGGGUGGAUGCGUGGUUAUUGGGGUUGGAAUUGGGGGAGAAGGAGGGGGAGGAGAAGUAG